UGUAACUUUUUUACCCUUUGGUAUAACCUUUUUUUAAAGAAACAGUUUAGCUUAUCACAUGUUGUACUUCAACUAACAAAAAACCACCAAAACCUCAAGUUUUGUUUCUGGUCCUGUGUGCCUGGGUACAGGAAACCCACGUUUUGGAGCCAAACAGGAAGCAGUGUCAUACAACACAAUGAGCUGCGCAGCACCACACACCUUGGAUAAUUAAGUAGCUGACAGUAAUUGAAAAUAACCCUGCUUCUUGCACAGCUGUCAGCUGCAAGCUCCGGCUGUGAAAUCGGAAGCGGCGAGCGGCAUUUUCCUCCUGCAUUUUGGGCGGGAGGAGAGGUGGUCCAACUGCACAAUGACAGAUUAUGCAAAUCCUCCCGGAGCAUCUAAUCAAUCACGCCGGUGCGAGAGGGACGCAGCUCAUCUCCGAAUUAGCCUCCGUCGCGGCAGCCUUGCGUGAAGCCUCCCCCCCGCCGGCGUGACAUCAGAGCAGCUCCGAGUCCUUGAAAGUCUCGGGGUUGAUUAGCGGGAGGAAUUGGCUGCUUCUGCCAAUCACCGCCCUGCGAAGCCGCCUCGAUACUCGUGUAGAUAUGAGGGCGAAGGAGGCUGACUACAGCAAACAGGAGGCGCGGCGGCAGCAGUGGCACCGGCAAUAGUAACAGGAGCAGCUGGAAUUCGGGUGAUUAAAGAGUUCUCGCAGCCUUUUUGCUGUACUCCGGCUGCUCCCUGGUGUAAUCCCCACGUCCGAGAAGGAAGCUGCGUUUUAACAGUGCGCUGAGCAGAGGUUUGAAUCGUUCCAGCUGGCUGCUUGUUUGGAAGAGGACAGCCUGUGUAUAAAUGAGAUGUGACUGUGCCGGCAGAGUUCAAUUUCUGGGGCUGGAGCAAGAGGAGCCUUCCCGGGAUGCUGCUCAGACAGCUGCUAUCAAUUGCAAACUCUCUCUAGCUUACCUGGAGCCAUGGGAGGAGAUUUGAAUAGCAGAUGUCUCUUUCCUGCACACUAGGAAAGGAAAUUCUUCUCUAGAUAAUGUUGAGAGUCAUCUUCGCUGAUUAUUGGCAACUGCUGUAUUCUGAGAAAGCCUCUUUCAAUUUAGCUUUACAGAUCCUUUGACUUCCCACUCCAACAGCUUCAUAACCUCCCCAACAGCUUCAUAAAUGUACUGCAAUGGUCACAUGAACAUCUCAGGAGGGGAAUCAGCACCUCUGCAUCUCCUCAUUAUUAUGGCACUUUAGGAAGAGAAAACCAAAAAGCGACAAGUCCAACAGAAGUUGAAAGUCCCACAAAAGAUGAAUCUAAUAGUGAGGCUCCACAGAAGUUUCAGAACACUUGUUAUUCUCCUGGCUACUUUCUGCUUAGCAAGUAUCAUCAUUUCCGCCUAUUACUUGUACACCAGCUACAAGCAGGAGAUGGCCCUUGCAGAAACCACUGGAGAAGCAGACUGUGAAGAUCUCAAGGUUCUACCAUACAGAUCCAUUGAGCUGAAAACAGCUAAGCCAAUUGAUCCAUCUAAAACUGAUCCCACUGUCCUCCUGUUUGUGGAAAGCCAGUACUCCCAGCUGGGACAAGAUAUCAUAGCCAUCCUUGAGUCCAGCAGAUUUCAAUACCACAUGGUCAUCGCGCCUGCCAAGGGGGAUAUUCCCCCUCUCACAGAGGAUGGAAGAGGAAAAUACACAAUUGUUGUAUAUGAGAAUAUAUUAAAGUAUGUAUCCAUGGACUCGUGGAACAGAGAGCUUCUGGAAAAAUACUGUGUGGAGUACAGUGUUAGCAUAAUUGGUUUUCAUAAAGCCAAUGAAAACAGCUCCCCAAGUACAAAACUGAAAGGCUUGCCGUUACAUCUUUACAAUAACAUAGCCCUCAAAGACUGUGUUGUAAACCCUCAGUCUCCCCUUCUGCGCAUUACCAAAGCACCAAGGGUUGAGAAAGGCCCACUGCCUGGUGAAGACUGGACAGUUUUCCAGUUCAACCAUUCCACCUACCAACCUGUGCUUUUAACUGAACUGCAGACCUCCCGACCACCUCCCAUGGCAUUGCCGAAGGCUGCUCUGUAUGCAACCGUCAUCCAGGACUUGGGGCUUCAUGAUGGGAUUCAAAGAGUUCUUUUUGGAAACAACCUGACCUUCUGGUUACACAAGCUGAUCUUUAUUGAUGCCAUCUCUUUCCUGUCAGGGAAGAAGCUCACGCUGUCCUUGGAUAGGUACAUUCUGGUUGACAUAGAUGACAUCUUUGUUGGGAAGGAGGGGACGAGGAUGAACGUAAAUGAUGUGAAGGCUUUACUAGAGACUCAAAAUUUACUGCGCACUCAGGUUGCAAAUUUUACCUUCAACCUUGGAUUUUCAGGAAAAUUUUACCACACAGGGACUGAAGAGGAAGAUGAAGGCGAUGACCUGCUGUUGAGAUCUGUGGAUGAGUUUUGGUGGUUUCCCCAUAUGUGGAGUCACAUGCAGCCUCAUCUUUUCCACAACGAGUCGUCACUGGUGGAGCAGAUGAUCCUCAACAAAGAAUUUGCACUAGAGCAUGGCAUACCAACUGACAUGGGGUACGCAGUGGCUCCGCAUCACUCCGGGGUCUACCCAGUUCACAUCCAGCUAUAUGAGGCCUGGAAGAAGGUCUGGCACAUCCGAGUGACCAGCACAGAAGAAUAUCCACACCUGAAGCCUGCACGGUACAGACGGGGCUUCAUCCACAAUGGCAUCAUGGUGCUCCCUCGACAGACCUGUGGCCUUUUCACUCAUACUAUUUUUUACAAGGAAUAUCCUGGGGGUCCUCAGGAGCUGGACAAAAGUAUCCGAGGAGGUGAACUCUUUCUCACCAUUCUCCUGAAUCCAAUCAGCAUCUUCAUGACCCAUUUGUCUAAUUAUGGGAACGACCGCCUGGGGCUAUACACCUUUGCGAACCUGGCCAGCUUUGUGAAGAGCUCGACAAACCUGAAACUGCAGACACUGCCCCCACUCCAGCUGGCACACAAGUACUUUGAGCUCUUCCCUGAGCAGACGGACCCUCUUUGGCAGAAUCCAUGUGACGAUAAACGACACAGGGAUAUUUGGUCCAGGGACAAAACAUGUGACCAUCUACCCAAAUUUCUUGUGAUUGGACCCCAGAAAACAGGAACAACAGCACUUUAUUUAUUUCUUCUGAUGCAUCCUUCCAUCAUCAGUAAUCUCCCUAGUCCAAAAACUUUUGAAGAAGUUCAGUUCUUCAAUGGAAACAACUAUCACAAGGGUAUUGACUGGUACAUGGAUUUCUUCCCCACUCCUUCCAACAUCACCACUAACAUCCUCUUUGAGAAAAGUGCCAACUAUUUCCAUUCUGAGGAAGCGCCUAAACGAGCUGCUUCCCUCAUUCCCAAGGCCAAGAUCAUCACCAUCCUCAUUGACCCAUCUGAUCGGGCGUACUCCUGGUACCAGCAUCAGCGAUCCCAUGAGGACCCUGCUGCCCUGAAAUUCAAUUUUUAUGAAGUCAUAACGUCAGGCCACUGGGCACCCUCAGAGAUAAGGACUCUCCAGAAGAGGUGCCUGACACCCGGAUGGUAUGCUGUCCACAUCGAACGAUGGCUAACUCACUACCCAGCUUCACAGUUGCUAAUUAUUGAUGGACAGCAGCUAAGAAGCGACCCAGCUACUGUGAUGGAUGAAGUGCAGAAGUUUCUUGGAGUCUCUCCUCAUUACAAUUACUCUGAAGCUCUAACGUUUGACCCUCAGAAGGGCUUUUGGUGCCAGUUAUUGGAAGGAGGGAAAACAAAGUGCCUGGGAAAAAGCAAAGGUCGAAAAUACCCACCCAUGGACCAAGAGUCCCGAGCUUUCCUGUCGAGCUACUACCGAGACCACAACGUGGAACUGUCCAAGCUGCUGCACAGGCUGGGACAACCCCUGCCCUCCUGGCUGAGACAGGAGCUGCAGAAAGUCAGAUAGCACACAACGGCAGGGGACCAGCUAAGGACAAUUUCCUUCACCGUGAAACCCCUUGCUUCUCCGACUCACCUGUGAUCAUCAGUAGAGGACCUCAUGAAUAACGCUAUUUCUAUUAAAAACAAAA